GUGACUCUCUCGCUCCCGGUCUUCUUCUAUGCUCGUGUUAUUGUCGUGAAUGUGACCGUCUUUGCAUCGACACCAUGGUUGUGCUCGCAGCCUCUAUCUGCACCAGAGGGGGCAAGCCUCUCCUCUCCCGACAAUUCAGAGAGAUCCAAAAGUCCAGAGUGGAAGCCCUAUUAGCAUCCUUCCCCAAACUUGCCGAUACCUCUACCCAACACACUACAGUCGAGCAAGAGAAUGUCCGUUUCGUCUACCAGCCCUUGGACGAACUUUACCUUGUCCUCAUCACCAACAAGCAAUCCAAUAUCCUGCAAGACAUCGACAGCCUACACCUCUUCGGCCAGGUGGUCACUUCGAUAUGCAAGAAACCCGACGAACGCGAGAUCUUGCGCAAUGCCUUCGAACUCCUCAGCGCUUUCGACGAGCUCGUUACCAUGGGCUACCGGGAAAACCUGUCCCUGAACCAAAUCAAGACAUUCCUCGAAAUGGAAUCUCACGAAGAGCGCAUCCAGGAGAUCAUAGCUCGAAAUAAAGAGCUGGAAGCCUCGGAAGAACGCAAACGCAAGGCCAAACAACUUGAGCUCCAGCGCAAAGAAGCAGCUCGGUCUGCCGCAUAUGGACGAGGCAUGCCGCCCAAGAUGCCCCAACAACCCACAUACACACCCCCUGUCCGUCCCGACACCUACGACACCUACGAGGCCGAGAAGAACAAGAUCACAUCCAAGUUUACCGCCUCCCGCCCUACCAAGGGCAUGCAGCUGGGCAGAAAGUCCAAAACAUCCAACGCCUUUGCCAAAGUCCAGCAAGAGCUCGGCAGUCCCGAACCAGAACCCUCCACUUCACACUCAGAAGAUUUACCUGACCGCACCCGCCCGUCCACCUCUACCAGCGCCCCUAUGCACGACCACGCACACCCCGUGGUAGUAUCUAUCUCCGAAACCCUCUCCGCCAAAUUGUCGCGCGAAGGCGCCCUCAAAUCCUUUGAAGUCAAGGGAGACCUCCAACUCAAAAUCGCCGACCCGGCCCUGACAAAACUUGCCCUACGCGUCUCCGCAGACGAAGGCCCCCUGAAAGCCCAGUUCCGCACACACCCGAACGUCGACAAGAACCUCUUCAAUGCGUCGCGCAUGCUCCAAUUAAAAGACACAACAAAACGCUUCCCAGCCAACAACAGCAUCGGGGUCCUACGCUGGCGCGCCACCGCGCCUGCAGACUCGGCCGACGUCCUCCCGCUCACAUUCACAGCAUGGGUCAACAAAAGCGACGACAGCUACACGAUCACGAUCGAGUACGAGCUCACCAAUCCGGAGACCACGCUGCGCGACGUCACGGUCACGAUCCCCUACUCGAGUGCGGAGCCGGCCGUCAGCAGUUUCGACGCCAUGUACCAAGUCACGGGCGACAGUCUGGAAUGGACGAUCGGCACGAUCGACGCCGACAACGCGAGCGGCAGUUUCGAGUUCGAGGCCCAGACCGAUGAUGAUGCCGAGUUCUUCCCGAUGACCGUGUCCUUCGACAUGACCAAGCCGUACAUCGACGUCGAUGUCCUGGCUGCCAAGUUGAUCGACAUGGACGAGGAUGUGGAUUUUGAGAAGACCGUCAAGGCGAAUGCCGAUGGAUUCAUGAUCGAGUAGAGAGUUAUAUAUGUGAUGAUGGCUGCUUUGGGAAGGAAGAGGUAGACGGGUUUCAAGACACCUGGCGCCAUCACAUGUAGAUUGUGGUCUUCAUUCAAGAAAAGUAGAAAAGUCAUCAUGGCUGCAAGACAUGGCCAUCACAUGUUCACAUGUCGAGGUGAUAUGGUCUUCCAUUCAGGAAAAGUCAUCAUGCUGUUGCAAUGCUCACUCACUGGUUAAUGAUUUGAAUAAAGCUAGGAAUAGGUGGGUUAGGUAGUUACGGAGCAGAAAAGAACAGCAUCACGGCCGUUAUGCAUGGGAGCCUGCGAAUGGGACCAAUCUCGCCUUUCACACUCUAUCUACGGAGUAUGCAGGGGCGAAAAGGAUGGGGGUAUCGUACUCCAUACUCCGUACUCCAUACUCCGUACUCCCUAUGUCCCCGGCAAAUUGAGCCUUCCAGUACUACGAGUAUCG